AUGGAGUUCUCUGUCCUUGGCCUUCUCGCUCUAACCGGCUCUGUUGCUGCCUUUAACGGCCAAGUCAGCACGUGGCUUGAGGCUGGUGGCGAGGGUCCCGGAAUUCUGCACAUCUAUCUGACCGACUAUGACACUGGAUCAACCUAUGAGGGGAGGGAUUAUACCGGCGGCUUAGGUUGCUUACCUGAAAAUAGUUUCGUUGAAACAAGCCCUGGUGGCUAUAACUGGAGCGCUUCUGUCUGGCAGACUAGCGAUGGAUGUUUUAACAUUGACUUUCAGGGUGCCUUUGGUGCUGGCCAUGAAUACUGCUGUGGUGGUCUCCCCUGCGAUCUGAGCGGUUAA